ACUAAUCACAUGGCGAUGACAGAGAGACCUGACUGAUGCGUCAUAUUGGUUCUCAAUCUCAGUAUUUUUUACAAUUAACUCGACAAUCAUUUAUCGUUGAAUAUUAUUUUUAAAAAUAACGAUUACAUCGAUAAUAUAAUUUUUUACUGAUAGUCAAAUAACUCAAGAUAAUAAAAACUGCAAAAGUGAAUCCAAAAAUUUAAAAAGUGUGAAAAAAGUAAAGCCUUCCAAUCGAUAAACUUGUCAUCAAAACCUUGCACACGAGCAUUGCGCGCAGGUUUUUUUUUUUAUCGCUCGUUAAUUAUUUCGAGGUUUUCUUAUUAUAAACUUGUGCAAGAAGAAAAAUGUCUGCGUCAAUGAUUUCAAAUGCAAAGCUACAAGAUGACAUGAGCAGCAUCCCACUUGCUGAUGACGACCCACAAGUUAUUAUUCCUGAAGAAGACGUCCCGGAUAACGACACGCACAUAUCGGAUCCAUUUGGCAGAGGACAUAGUAUGGAUUCAAUACCAUCGACAUUCACCAAUGGCAGCUGUAGUCCAAAUAGCUUAGAUCCUGAUGUAAGUCCUGAUGAACAGGAAGAAAAAGCGAGACUGAUAGCUCAAGUUCUUGAACUACAAAAUACAUUAGACGACCUUUCGCAGAGGGUGGACAGCGUGAAAGAAGAAAACUUAAAACUAAGAAGUGAAAACCAAGUACUGGGACAGUACAUUGAAAAUUUAAUGUCUGCGUCAAGUGUAUUCCAAUCUACUAGUCCAAAGACUAAAAAGAAGUAAGCUUUUGUUUUAUAAUCAGGUUAUAAUGGAUAGCUAUUAAUAAUAACGGUAAUUAUUAUAGUUAUUAUAAUAAUAACAAUAUAUAUAAAUAUGUAUAAUUUAUCGAGUUUAAAUGGUUACAACUAGUCGGCCAUCAUUUUUAUAAUGCAAUAACGAUAAAUAUAUUUUUUUUAAUCAAAUUAUUUUAUUUUUAAAUAAUCGGAUAGAGAUAAAGCACUCGAGCAUUUAUUAUUAUACUUAAUGUUUUUUAAUAAUUAUAUUUAUUUUAUUUUAUAAAUUUUUUAUUUUGAGCUCGACUGAUUUAAUGCUUAUAAGUUUAUCACCAAAGAAUUUAAUUGCAAUGUUUUCCGGAAAUUUAACUGCCAAGUUUGCUUGAGAGCUUCUGUGUAUUAAGAGUUAGUAAUUUAUUUAUUUUAUUAUUUUUAGACCCAGUAUCUGAUCAGGGAACUAGUACCCGAUCACUCAGGUAUUUGUAUAUCUAUAUUUUUUAAAUUUGACUAAAUAUAGUUAUACAAAUACAUGGAAUGAUCGGGUACUAGAUCUUUUACUUCGCACGGAAAAAAUAGAAGUGGAAAAAUUAAUUUUCAGUGCAAAAAAAGGGUCCUCGUAUUAAAUUUCAAA